AACUUGCAUCCCUGUAACCGUACGUUCUACUCUAGCUGUUCCAGGGAAGCACAUCGAUGGGCACCUCUCUACACCGCUAGCUAGUAUGGGGAGAGUACACGUCUCACUCUAGCUAGCUAGUACUCCCUACUAACGAGCUAGCCAUAGUACCGGUGCACAAAUUGAAGUGCACUAGGAAGUUAAAGCCCGGCCGUCGUCGUCCAUUAAGCAGCGCGUCCAUGGCGAACGUCGUCGCGGAGGCCACGGGGCGGCAGGUGGCGUCGUUCGUGCUCGGCUCCGUCGCGACGCUCACCGUGGUUCUGCUCCUGCAGCACCGCCCGGAGGAGCUCAGCCUCCCCAGGGCACCGGUGCAGUUCUUGGGAUGGAGAGGCCGGAACGGAACGUCGUCAUCGUCACCAGCCACGGCAGCGGCAUCAGAGGCAGGUGGGGUCAUCAUUGGAGCUGGUGAAGAGGCUGAUCACCAGGCCAACGUCACGAAGCAGCCCGCUGAUACCACCACAACUACUGGUACUACCGCCGCUGAUCUAGGCCAGCUGGCCGGCGGCGCCGAUCACGAAAAAGAGGUUGAUGCCGAUGCCGAGGACGUGGAGUUCCGGGGCUUGGCGGCCGUGGUGGAGCGCGUGGCGACGUCGGACGACCGGACGGUGAUCAUCACGUGCGUGAACUACGCGUGGGCGGCGCCUGGGUCGCUGCUGGACCUCUUCCUGGAGAGCUUCCGCAUCGGCGACGGCAUCGCGCACCUGCUCGACCACGUCCUCAUCGUGGCCAUGGACCCGACGGCGAUGGCGCGGUGCAGCGCCGUGCACCGGCACUGCUACCUCUACACCAUGGCCGGCAUCGACUUCACCUCCGCCAAAUUCUUCCUCUCCAAAGAUUACCUCGAGCUCGUCUGGAGCAAGCUCAAGCUCCAGCGCCGCGUCCUCCAGCUCGGAUACAACUUCCUCUUCACCGACGUUGACAUCAUGUGGUUCCGGAACCCGUUCAAGCACGUGACGGCGUACGCCGACAUGGCCAUCUCCAGCGACGCCUUCUUCGGCGACCCCGACAACAUCAACAACUUCCCCAACACGGGCUUCUUCCACGUCAGGCCGAACAACCGGACGGUCGCCAUGACCAGGAUCUGGCACGAGGCCAGGAGCAGGUUCCCGGGCAAGAACGAGCAGCCGGUGUUCAACGCGAUCAAGAAUGAGCUCGUGAAGGACCUCCGGCUGCGGGUGCAGUACAUCGACCCGGCGUUCAUGGGCGGCUUCUGCAGCUACGGCAAGGACCUGAACAAGAUCUGCACCAUGCAUGCCAACUGCUGCGUCGGGCUGGGAGCUAAGCUCAGGGACCUCAGGAGCGUGCUCCACGACUGGAAGAACUACACCAAGAUGCCGCAUUGGGCCAAGCACGCCGCCAAGUGGACGGUCCCUGGUGCAUGCAUCCAUUGAUGAUUGAUCGAUGAAACGUACAUACAUCGAUCUAGUUGCUGGUUACACGUACACAGUUUUAAAAUUUGUUGCUGUAAGCCGAUUAGUUUUUGUCCCGAAUUUGUCGAACACCUACAGACUUAAAGAGUACUGUACUACUGUAUGUUGCUUACUGUAUACCGGCCAAAAAUAUAUA